AUGUCUUCAAAAACAGUUGCUUCUAUGAAAUGGCAUGCUGAAGGCCGUACAAAUGAUGGCAUAAUGAGGCAUCCUGCCGAUUCUAUGGCUUUGAAAACAUUCGACUCUCGAUAUGUAGAUUUUUCCUUUGACUCUCGCAAUGUCAGGUUGGGGUUGGCAGCAGAUGGAUUUAACCCUUAUGGGAAUAUGAGUACUAGUUAUAGUAUAUGGCCAGUCAUAUUGGUCCCAUGUAAUUUGCCUCCAUGGAUGUGCAUGAAAAGAUCUUUUUUCAUCCUAUCAUUGCUUAUUCCUGGUCCGAGCUCCUCUUCAAAUGACAUAGAUGUGUACAUGCAGCCUUUAGUUGAAGAAUUGAAGGAAUUAUGGGAUGUUGGAGAACAAACUUAUGAUAUAUCUUCCAAAGAGAAAUUCCAAAUGCAUACAACUCUAAUGUGGACUAUAAAUGACUUUUCUGGAUAUGGUGAUUUGUCUGGUUGGAACACCAAGGGUGCUCUUGCAUGUCCUUCUUGUAAUUAUGAGACUCAUUCUCGAUGGUUAAAACACGGACGAAAAUAUUGUUUUAUGGGUCAAAGGCAUUUCUUGGAUAAAGAUCAUAGAUUUUGUAAAGAUAGAGCAUCAUUUGAUGGCAAACAAGAAAUAGAACCAGCUCCCGAUAUGCUAGCUGGCUUUAAGAUCAUGAUGCAAACAGAAGACCUUGAUUACAAAUUUAGGAAGACAAAGGCAAAUGAAAAAAACAAAAAAAGAAAGAAAGAAGCGGAUGGUGAUGAGAUACAACCAUGGAAGAAAAGAAGUAUAUUUUUUACAUUAUCGUAUUGGACAAAUCAAAAAUUGCGUCACAAUCUUGAUGUGAUGUAUAUAGAGAAAAAUGUGAUUGAUAAUGUAUAUGGAACAUUGUUGAAUUUAGAUGGGAAGACAAAGGAUAACUUGAAGGCACGUCUUGACUUACAAGAGAUGGGUAUAAGACGUGAACUUCACCCACAAAAGAUUAGUUCCAAUAAGAUAUAUUUGCCUCCAGCUUGCUUCUCAAUGAUUUUAAAAGAGAAAGAUGACUUCUUGAAAGUUUUGAAAGGGGUAAAAAUCCCGGAUGGUUAUGCUUCAAAUAUUUCACGUUGUAUCCAACUUCGACAGCAUAAGAUUAUUGGUUUGAAGAGUUUUGAUGGUCAUAUUUUGAUGCAGCAACUUCUUCUUAUCGCAUUACGAGGAGCAUUACAAAAACAAGUCGCUUCACCUCUAAUUGAGUUGUCUUGUUUCUUUAGGGAAAUAUGUUCCAAAGUCUUGCAAGUGGAAGAGCUUGACCGACUUGCAUCUCGAAUUGUAUUGACUUUAUGCAAUUUGGAGAGAAUCUUCCCUCCCUCAUUUUUUACUGUUAUGGUGCAUUUAGUUGUCCAUUUGGCCACUAAGGCUAAAAUUGCUAGCCUAAUUCACUAUAGAUGGAUGUAUCCCAUUGAGAGGUAUCUCCAACGACUAAAAUCUUAUGUUUGUAACAAAGCCCAUCUAGAGGGCUCUAUUGUAGAAGGAUACAUAGCUGAAGAGUGCUUAAUAUUUUGUUUGCGAUAUUUGGAAUCUGUUGAAAUUGUAUUCAAUCGACCCUUAAGAAAUGUUGAAGUAUCUACAGGGGCAAUAAUGAAUAUCGAACUUGAUCAAAAGUCAUGGAUACUAGCACAUCGUUAUGUGCUAUUUAACAAUGAUGAAAUUCAACCAUAUCGGAUCAUAGAGAUUAAUGUAAUCAUUUUAAUGGAUCCUAUAAUAUAUAAGGUUGUAGCUAUGGAUGACACAAGAAAACAACAACUUACUGAUGAAAUCAAGUGGCUUGCUCAAGGCCCAAACACUCUAGCUAGACGAUUCAAACGAUAUGUUGUUAAUGGUUUUAAGUUCCGAAUUAAAAAUUACGAGGCGGCGAAGAAAACUCAGAAUAAUGGGGUUUGUGUGGCCACCGAAGGAGGCACCAUGUAUUAUGGUGUUUUAUUUGAUAUCAUUGAGCUCAAUUAUUUUGACAAGUUGAAAUAUGUAUUAUUCAAAUGCAAUUGGGCUGAUGUGAACAUAGGCAGAGGCUACAAGAUAGAUGAAUAUGGGUUUAACCUUGUAAAAUUUUCGCAUUUGAUAGAUACUGGAGAACGGUUAAAUGAUGAACCAUUUGUCUUGUCAUCUCAAGCUUCACAAGUUUAUUAUGUGGGAGAUGUAAGGCAUGAAAAUUGGUUGGUUGUUGUUAAAACAAAAGCGAGGGAUGUGUUUGAUGUUGGUACUAGUGAAUUGUGUGAUGGUGAUAUUGACACUUACUAUGAUAACGAGCCGUAUAAUAUGAUAGUUGAAGACACUUAUGUGGAUGCGAAUGAAAACCUCAAUUGGGCUAGAAAUGAUACAGAUGGAACGACAAUCAAUAUACCACUUCCACUUGAUAACCAACUGAUCGAUGAAGAUGAUUUAGAUGAGGAUGUCUAG